AAUGAGAAAUGACAUAGAAAUUGAGUUCACUGUUGUUGUAAAACCUGCCCCAAAAACCAUUCACAGUCAUCAACCCUAAAAACAUCAAACAAAAAUGGCUGAUAUGCUCUCAAAUUGCAACAAGAAGAGGCGAUUACUGUUGAAGAACGACGGUUACUGAAAAUUACAACAAUGGCAGCAACAGCAGUAGUUCUGAUUGCAUAGAAGACCGAUUAACCUCACUCCCAGACACCCUCUUGGUCGAAAUUCUCUCACUUCUCCCGCUUAAAUGCGCCGCCGCCACCUCUGUUUUAUCUCGCCGGUGGCUCCACCUCUGGACCCUACUCCCCCACCUCUUCGUGAACGGCGGUGAUUUCAUGGACAAUUCCAGGAGUGAAUCAAGAUACAUCAAAUUCAACUCCACGGUGAACCACAUCCUCCAACAGAUCACCUCCCCGCACAUCCAAACCUUCCACCUCCGUAUUCCUCAACUGGAACGGGAUUUCUCCGCCGCUUUGGAAUCGUGGAUUCGUCAGAUUUCUGCUCGAAAUGUGGCUACAAUCAAGGUAACCGACGAAUUCCCUGAUCGCGUUUCUUAUCCAACUUGUAUGUUUGAAAUUCAAUCAUUAGUAGAGCUUGAAUUGAUUGGAUUUGUUUACUUCAAUCUGCCUAAAGCUGGAUAUGCUAGACUUCCUAAUUUGAAGAAGCUUGAAUUGAUUGGCACUCGAAUAUACUCUUCCUUUGAAGGACUAUGGGAAUUAAUUAAGUCUUGCCCACUUUUGGAAGUGUUAUCUUUGUCAUUAGAUUACCAAAGGACUAAAAGCGUGCAUAUAUCAGCUCCAAAUUUGAAAUAUCUGAUGAUUCUUGGAAUAAUGCCCAACUUGAAGUUGCUAAUUGAUGCACCUAUGCUAGAACACAUUGAACUAGAUGGUUAUGUUGGAAUUUAUAGAUUUGUCAAGAAUCCAACUAGAUUGCUUAAGGCUGACCUUUCCAUUUGGGAUUUUGAUGGCCUGAACUACGGGACUGGAAUACCACCGCUGACUGAUUCAUUAAGCCAAAUAAUGGCACUCCUUCAAAGGAUUUCUAAUGUUAAGUCACUUCGAUUGUCGACUGAUCUUAAUUUCUUCAAAGGCCUUAAUUUCUUGGAUGUUGAUGUUGGUUCAAUCUUUCGUAACCUGACCCAUCUAAUCCUGGAUGAGAGACUAAACCGCUCCGACCUCAUAAUCGGUGUCGAAAAUCCAAUACCGGUGUGCUUAUUAAGUAAGCUCAAGACGAUAGAAAUAUUGAAUAUUCGGGGGAAUGCCAAGCAUGUCAAGUUGCUAAAGUACAUUUUAAGUAAGGUAAAUGUCUUGGAGCGGCUUUAUGUUUCCUCCUAUUGUGAUAAGUAUUUUGAUAGUUAUAAAGAUUGUGAUUCUGAUGAUGAGGGUGAUUAUGAGGAUCAUAUUCGUGCAUUCCGAGUCCGACUACGAGACAGCAGAAGAGGUGAACUAUGGUGGGAACACAAGCUAUCUAACACAUUGUUAAUGAUUCCAAAGAGUUCCCUAACUUUUGAGGUCAAGUUUGUUGGUAAUUACAUCUGUGUAUCGAGUGAUAGGUCCAAAAAUGGACUGGUUAGAACAUUAAAAGAUAAGAACCCUUGUAAAUAAAUGCAAUGUGUGGUGAUAAAGACGCUUGACAGUCCAUAUAUGGGAAGCAGCUACUGGCUUAGACCCCUGAAAAACCUUGACAGGUCGGUAACUAAAGCCAAUAAGAGGGAACUGUUUAGGCUUUGAUCAGUACAGAGAUUUUUCCACUUACAGGAACUCAGGUUAGAUCAGAUCAGGAGCUAAGUUAUUCUCCGGGCAGGCAUUACUGCAUUACUGCAUUCAAAGUGAAUACAACAAACUGAUACGAAGUACUGUUAUUCAUAAUCAAGUUCUAAUGUUUGAAAUUCACCAUUUUUCAUUGGAACGAUCGUUUGGGCUUCGUAUCCUAUGCACAACACCAAACUCUCUACAUGUGUAUUUGUAACUUGUACCACGGCGAAUAGGUGUAAAUGAUUGCAACAAUUCGACUAAGAGAUACCGCAAACAGCCAAGAUUUUACCAAUGAUGACAAGGGCUUUGAUCAUUUCAACAUUAGCAUCUGGCAAUUUGGUAACAUGAAUGUCAUGAAAAUUCUCGGUAUCAAAUUCAAAGGAAAGAACAUGGGUGACAAACGAGGCAACUCCCUCAUUAAGUUAACCAGUUGUUACUUCAGUAUGUUGCUCUCGGAUUGCUUGUAUUUGCAAGGAUUUAUAAUUUUUUUUUCUUGAUUCUAAUAAGAAAUAAUAACAUCUUCGGAAAUUAUAAACUA